CGUACGGUGGCCGUGAGGGGGCAAGGGCGGGACGAGCGGGCGGACGGACUGGCGGGCGGCGGCCGCGAUGGAGCGGUUGGAGCGGUGCGCCCGCUGCCUGCGGGCCCGGCUGGUGGCUGCGGCCGUGCGCCGCCGACUGCCCUGGUUGCUUCUCGGCCUCGUCUUCCUCGGCUCCGCCCUCAAGGACGGGGACUUGGUGCCGGAGACUCCCAUGCAGAACAAACGCAACGUGCUCAACGUAUAUUUUGUCAAGAUGGCUUGGGCAUGGACGUUCUGGCUUCUGCUGCCCUUCAUCGGAGUCACCACCUACCUGUUUGCCAAGAGCAAGUUCCUCUACGGCCCCACGAAGAGCAUCUUGGCAGCUCUGCGGCGUCUCAGCACGCUGCUGGUGGGCACUGCCACCUGGUAUGUCUGCACUGAACUCUUCAUGUACAUUGAGAAUCUCACUGGCACGUGCUCUACCUCGAGUAAACUCAAUGAGCCCCACCAGCUCUAUGCCACCAAGCAGGAGUGCCACCGGAACAACGGGAUAUGGAGUGGUUUUGAUAUCUCGGGGCACUGCUUUCUGCUCUCAUAUUGUACUCUUAUGAUUGUGGAGGAAAUGGCUGUACUGGAAGGCUUGUCCAUAGACCGGAACUCAAGACUGCGUGUUGUUAUCAACAGCCUGUUUGUGUCCUUGUGUUUUCUCACCAUGAUCUGGUUGUUCAUGUUUCUGUGCACUACUGUGUAUUUCCAUGAUUUCAGUCAAAAACUUCUUGGUGCGCUGAUAGGUUUGGCAGCUUGGUAUGCAACAUACAGAGUUUGGUACUUGAAACCAUUUUCUCCUGGACUACCUCUCCCAAAUAUGCCUUUGAGUUCAAAGAAAUACAGUUAUAGCCGAUAAUUUUUUUAAAUUUUGGAUUUUUCUUUCAGUGCCAGAGUAGUUAAAUAUAGGCAUGAUUACAGGCUUUCCACAGUAAGGAAGAAGCUAAUGGGCUGGAGAAGAGAAAACAGUCGUUACUGGCUGCUGGCUGGGAGGUGAUAAUGAACUUUGUUCUCAUGAGAAAAAAAAGUUGGUACUGGAAAAAGUCUGCUCUUGGUUAGGAGUUACUGGUUGGCAAAGAAAUACCAAGUUGGAUUUGUUUCUCAUAUUCGUAAAUCAAGGAACAGAUCUUCCAAAACUGACAGAGACCUUUGCACUUUAAGACCUUAACUGACCUUAAGUUACUUCUCCCUCUUCUCUGUUUCUUUUUAUCAAAAUACCAGGGAUGAUCCAAAUGUCUCUUUUUUUUUUUUUUUUAAUACUCCUGCUUGUUCUUCCUUAGAGGAAGUCUCUCCUAAUGACACUGCUGCAAACUAUUGCAAAAGACUUAGCCAUCAACGUUCAUGUGGUAAAGCAGUAUAAAGCUCAAUUGCAAAAUGCUAACAUCUCAUGUUAUCAGGUAUUAAAUAUGCCUAACAAGGGUUUGUGGCAAGUUGGUGUAUGCAUGUUCUGCAGCAAAGAGAAUGAAUUUGAGAUGUAAUAGCUUAAGCAGUCCGUGACUUGAAACUGAUACCUGUCUUUGGAAAGGAAACUCUAGAAUAACAAGUCUUAUCUUUCUCCUUACAUGAAGUACCUGUAAUCAUGUUUUGUAAUUUUAUUGCAGACACACAAAAAUCCCAGGUCUAAUAAGAGAGUUGGGUGUUUAUUUUUAUUUUUUUAAUCUUACACAUUUAGCACCAUAACACUACAAGUACUUUCUGGUAUGUUUCUUCCAGAACAAUAAAAUUCCGGUGUUUUGAACAUGUUAGCUUAACUUGCUUAGUAGGCUGCUUGGUAUUGAAUGAAACUUAUUGUUUAUCCUAAGAGCUGCUAAGCAGUUUGCUUGAAGCAGUGUUUAUUUUUGCUAAUCAAUGAAUGUCAAUAAGCUACUUAAUUUUGAUUGCACACAUAGUUGUGGCUGCUUCUGAUGAGGCUGGAAAUCCACUACUGAAUAAAACACUAAUAUUGUAUAAUGGAUAGGUAUGAAAUUGGGUGGGUUUACUCAUCAUAUCAAACAUUUAGCAUAGUUUUUAUCUUACAAAGCUUUUUAUUAUUUCAUAAAGGCGUAUUAGUGUCGCAAUUGCACAAAACUUGUUUGGUUGCAAUGUUGAAAGAGGCAGUUGAGGUUUGUAGGCAAGGCUGUAAUCUGAGAGUGGACUUGAUCUGUCUGUAGCGUUUGGCUUCAAGUUGAUUAUUUUGUAGAACAGAGUAUGAUGCAGCAUAGUCAACCUUGGCACACAUUUGUUGUGGGUUUUUUUUUUUUACCAUCUCAGCAGUUCUUUUUCAGCAAAUGAGUGCAAGUAUUUGCAGUAGAUAUAGCGAUGUUAAUUCCGUGGUUGUGGCCUACCUCUGAGGAAAGCUGGAGUCCCUUGAAUUUCCACUCUGCUCAGUGCCACACCUGAGUUGUUUUGCAGCCUCAGAAAGUACAGAUCGCCACGCAGAAAGAAGCUUUUUCAGGAGUUGAUGUAUUUCCUAUCAAGUUCCUCCUUUUGUCUUUUGCAUUAAAUUGCCUUUAAGCUGACUCUUUGGGAAAUUUGCACUGAUUAACUCAUAUUGGGUUUAACUAAAAAUAUAUUUGAACAAUGCAGAUUCAUUUGCAGUCCUUCUUUUGAUGUACUGUAAGCCUGCUCCCUCUUGAGUUAAGCUAUGCUGCAAGCCACUUUCAUCGUGAAAAAGGAUUAUAUACCCAGAAGGUUUUCUCAUUCAUUUCAUUAGAUUUAAGUUUCUAUUUUAGGUUAUCUUUAUGUAACUUUGCUGCGUAGACUAGGCCUGCUACCAGAAAAUGCAGUUUAUUUAAGCUAACAGGCCUGCUGAUGUUAUCUUCAGUUCCACAGAUGUUUUGUGCAGUCACUACUACAGUGUUUCUCUGUGCUUCAGACUAGUGUCAUACAAACUGUUUAUUAUGGAAAUAACAUGUGCCAUGGCUAUUCUCAAAACUGUAUUUAAAUAAUGAUAGAAAAACAGUUAAA